CACUGGUGCUACUACUUGUUCACAGCUAGUGAGCUCUCUCUCUCUCUCUCUCGCUCUCGAUCGAGCUUUAUAUCUCAAAACUCCAGUGUUCUUUCAAUCUCAUUUCAUAGUGUGAUCUUAUAUAUAUAUAUAUAUAUAUAUAUAUCUUCUCGUGUUAAACGACAAUGAGGGUUGUUGUCGUUUCUUUCUUGUGUGUUUUUCUUGUUUGUGGUUUGGUCGUAGCCGAUCAUGGAGGUGGUAAGGUUGAAGAGGAUAAGCAUUUGUUCCCUCGUCCGCUUUUUCUCAAACCUCAUUUCAAACCUCCUCUUCAUAAACCUCAUGGUCUAGGCCGUGGGAUUUACAAGAAGGGUUUUAGGCAUGGAAUUGGUGGUGGACUUGGUGGCGGCGGCGGGCUCGGUGGUGGAGGUGGGCUCGGUGGUGGUGGAGGGCUAGGUGGCGGUGGUGGUCUAGGUGGUGGAGGUGGGCUUGGUGGUGGUGGUGGGCUAGGUGGUGGAGGUGGGCUUGGUGGUGGUGGUGGGCUUGGGGGUGGAGGUGGAGGUGGGCUUGGUGGAGGUGGAGGUGGCGGUUUAGGUCACGGUGGUGGGCUUGGUGGAGGCGGUGGUUUAGGGCAUGGUGGUGGGCUCGGGGGUGGUGGUGGUCUUGGUGGAGGACACGGUGGUGGACUAGGCGGCGGUGGUGGUCUUGGAGGAGGACACGGUGGUGGUCUUGGUGGUGGUGGUGGUCUAGGAGGAGGACAUGGUGGUGGACUAGGAGGUGGUGGUGGUCUUGGAGGAGGACACGGAGGUGGACUAGGAGGUGGUGGUGGUCUCGGAGGAGGGCACGGAGGUGGACUGGGAGGUGGUGGAGGCCUUGGCGGGGGUGGGGGGGUAGGCGGUGGAGUUGGUGGUGGUGGUGGAUUUGGAGGUGGUGCAGGUGGAGGCUUCGGCGGUGGUGCAGGUGGAGGUGGAGGUGGUGGUUUUGGUGGAGGAGGUGGUGUGGGUGGUGGGGCAGGAUUUGGAGCUGGUGGAGGUGUUGGUGGCGGCGGAGGAUUUGGUGGUGGAGGUGGUUUCGGCGGUGGCCACUGAUCAAAACUGCAAUGCAUGGUACUGAGGAAGGAUCAUAUAUAUAUAUAUGUUAAUAUAGCGUUUUAGGUUCAUGAUUCUUUAUCUUUAUUAUUCAGAGAAAAAGCAAUUAAUGUAUUAAGUACGUAUCGAACCUUGUUUAAUAUUAUCAGUAGUUAUAUAUAGAACUCAAAUGCAUGCAAUGGUGGAUCAGUUUUUCCUUAGUCCUUUAUAUUAGGGAACAAUUAAGAGUGUGUUCCUCUCCGCUACAAUGGAAUCAUAUAUCUAAACUUGUUAUGUUUUCGUUAAUAUAAAUAAGAUUGGUUGUUCUGAUA